AUGCCCAAGCGGUUGGUUUGGCGGGAGCAAGCCAACGUUACCGUUGGUGCCGUGGGUGCCGAUGUAUCUUUGAAGGAGUUGCACCAACGUGUCUCAGACAGGACUUUGCUCGAUGAUCCUCCAUGGCUUGCAGCGGCCUUCAACCCUGGGCAUGAGCGCUUCGUGCCGCAGAGGCAGAUCGCUUCACACUGCAUCACCUGCCAGCCCAAGUGUUCCAUGCGUGUGCGUGCAACAGCCGUCGCAGACAACAACUAUGUCCUCCACUACGCAGGGCAGCACAGCGCUGAUCCUUGCAGCAAAAAAAUACGAGGUUGGAGUAUCCAUGAGAUCAAGGCCACCCGAGCACUGGGACAGAACAGCUCUGAGGCCCAAAUGCACGUAGCUCUACACGACGCAGGUUGUGCCACAGAAGCAGGCCGUAAGCGCAUCGCUGGGAAGUUCAAGCGGCUCAGGGCCCAUGCGCGGCAGCGGGAGAGGACACAGAGCUGCGCACAGAUCAGACGCUGGGCAGAUGAACGUUUGCAUCUUGUCGGCGGCCCUCAUGAGGCUGUGAUAUUCGGCCACUGCAUUGAUGCUGCGGGAGAAGGCAAGAGAUUCCGACUUGCUUUUGGAUGCGCAGGACAUCAGAAGGUCCUGGAGAAUUUGCCGCGCAGUGCGCCGAUUUGUCUGGCUGCGGAUGGCACGUUCAAAGUUGUGUGGGGCCGAUACACGUGCUACAUUGGUGGACUUCUGCACUUGGUCACUUCACCUGGCAAAGUACGCGCUGGCCCGGGAGGCCGUGGUCAGGUCUUCCUCCCACGGGUGUCAUUCGCUCCGCUCUUUUAUUCCUUGCAAGAAUCUGAAGGGUCUUCUGCGUGCAUGCAGUCUGCUGACUUCUACUUGGAGUAUCUCGCGCAAGCCAAGCCAGCCCUGGCAGCGAAGCUCCGUACGUGCUGCAUGGUUGUCACCGAUUUUGCAGAAGCUCCACGACGAGGCCAG